CCAUUAGUUCACCGUCUCCCUCAGUCACUUCAGCCGGAGUCCACCACCAUGGCACAGCGCACCGGGAACUACCGGGACCAGGCGGAGGACGACCUGCCCGUGUACCUGUCCAGACCCCGCUCGGCAGACCAGGUUCCGCGGCAGAAACGCGGCGGCUUGUUUUGCAGCGUCCAGGACGCGUUUGAGAGUAAGACCAUAGACUUUGACGCCCUGAGUGUGGGGCAGAGGGGCUCCCGGACCCCGAGGACUGCCAAACGGGAGACCGGGCAGGAAGCGAAGAGCCCGGCAAGUGACCACGGGAGCUCCUCCGGUGUGGAAAGGGAAGGAAUAAAGGCUGAGGUCAGAAGCAGCGACGGAGGAGAGGUUCUGCAGGAGCAGGGAGAGGAGAAGAGCGACAGGCUUCUGAUCAAAGGCGGCAGGAUUGUGAAUGAUGACCAGUCCUUCCAUGCGGAUAUCUACAUGGAGGAUGGCCUCAUUAAGCAGAUCGGUGACAACCUGAUUGUUCCCGGUGGGGUGAAGACCAUCGAGGCCAAUGGGAAGAUGGUGGUUCCUGGUGGCAUUGACAUCCACACCCACUUCCAGAUGCCGUACCGUGGGACCACGACUGUGGAUGACUUUGCCCAGGGAUCGAAAGCUGCUCUUGCUGGAGGCACAACCAUGAUCGUGGACCAUGUGAUCCCUGAGCCUGGGAGCAGCCUGAUGGAGGCCUACGACCAGUGGAGGCAGUGGGCAGAUGAGAAGGCCUGCUGCGACUACUCUCUCCACGUAGACGUCACCCACUGGAAUGACAGUGUCAAACAGGAGGUGGACACCCUCAUCAAGGAAAAAGGUGUGAACUCAUUCCAGGUCUACAUGGCUUACAAGGACUACUACCAGAUGAGCAACAGUGAGCUCUAUGAGGUCUUCACCUUCUUGGCAGAGAGAGGAGGCAUUGCUCAGGUCCAUGCUGAAAACGGCGAGAUCAUCGCUGAGGAGCAGGCUCGGAUGCUGCAGAUGGGUAUUACUGGACCUGAGGGACACGUGCUGAGCAGGCCCGAGGAGCUAGAGGCGGAGGCGGUGUUUCGUGCCAUCACCAUCGCCAGCCAAACCAACUGUCCUCUCUACGUGACCCGUGUCAUGAGCAAGAGCGCCGCUGACAUCAUUUCACUGGCCCGGAAAAAAGGAAAUGUUGUGUUUGGAGAGCCGAUCACUGCCAGUCUGGGCACUGAUGGGACACAUUACUGGAGCAAGAACUGGGCCAAGGCGGCUUCGUUUGUAACAUCACCCCCUCUUAGCCCUGAUCCCACCACUCCAGAUUAUCUGAACACCCUGCUGUCCAGUGGAGACCUUAGUGUGACUGGCAGCGCUCACUGUACCUUCAGCGUGGCCCAGAAGGCGAUUGGCAAAGAUGAUUUCACUCAGAUCCCAGAAGGUGUCAACGGAGUGGAGGAGAGGAUGGCUCUCAUCUGGGAUAAAGCUGUGACUACAGGGAAGAUGGAUGAGAACAUGUUUGUGGCAGUCACCAGCACCAACGCAGCUAAGAUCCUGAACCUGUACCCACGUAAGGGCCGGAUUGCUGUGGGCUCUGACGCCGACCUGGUUAUCUGGGAUACAGACGCCAUUCGCACCAUCACUGCCAAGACACACAACUCGGCUGCUGAGUACAAUGUGUUUGAGGGCAUGGAGCUGCGUGGAGCCCCACUGGUGGUGAUCUGUCAGGGGAAGAUUGUCCUGGAAGACGGAAACCUGCACGUCACCUCUGGCGUGGGGCGCUUUAUUCCUUGCUCUUCCUUCCCGGACUUUGCUUACAAACGUGUUAAAGCCAGAAAGCAGCUGGCCGUCCUGAGGGCAGUACCCAGGGGAAUGUACGACGGCCCUGUGUCUGAAUUCUCCAUGUCCCGUGGUGGUACCCCCUCAGCCUCAGCGCGGACCUCUCCCACCAAACAGCCUGUCAGAAACCUGCACCAGUCUGGAUUUAGUCUAGCAGGUAACCCUGCACCCUGCGGUCCCCCCACCCCAGACGACAUCCCCAUCAGGCCUGCUGGCCGGCGUAUCGUAGUGCCCCCUGGUGGUCGCUCCAACAUCACAUCCCUCAGUUAAAUUGCCUGGAAGGAGAAGAAGGGGAAUGGGAAGGGGAGGGGGAGGGGUUGUGCAUCCAGAACACGACAGCAGCCAGAGUGCAGGAGUAAAGGAGGAGGGGAAGCGAAAGGAUGCAGAAGACCAUGAUUAGUUAAAAAAAAAUAAAAAGAGCAAAACACUGAAUCCUCAUGCCUUACCUGUCACAAUGCUACCUUGCUCAGAUGAGAACAGUGUCCCUUUUCCUGGGGAAUUGAAUCCUUGGACCAGAAUGGAGUGUUUAAAGGUGUUGUGUUGCUAUUAGAGUGUGAUUUACAUCAGAGUACAAUACACAAAAACAAUGUUCACCUCAUCUCCUCUAAGUAAAAAAUACACACAAAUAUGUUCAGUUUAGCUUCAAGGUCCAGCCAUACCACAACGCUGAAUAAGAAGUAAAAGUGCAUACUCUUACAUCAAUUCAAAACAGAAAAUAAAACUUGUCCUUGAAGGAAAACGGAUACUGCUUUUCUCAGAAUGAUGCUAUGGUUGGUUCAUCCUGUUUGGCUUUCAAUGUCACCCUGUUUUUCAGUAGCCUGCUCUCUCCAUAGUCAGCAAAACAUAAACACUAGAUCCCACACUAGUCAUGUAAUACCAUGCAGUACCAUUGGUUAGCUCUAGGUGGCAUUGUAUAUAUGGUAGAUGUGAUGUAGCUUUGUGAAUGAUGUUGUUGCAGCCUGUUUGGGUUUACUGGACCAAGCUGAAGGUAUUCAUCAGACCUGAGAGAAAGGAGGUGAUGUGGGACGUGGAGCUGCAUGGGCCGCUUUGACAACGGUGACGUGAUCCAUGAUCCUGUUGCACCCCCUCCCCUUCUCUGAGAUGCUUGAUGAAUACCGUCCCCAUGAUGUACUGAUUGCAUAUUUAUUCAUGUUUUUAAAAAAAAGGAAAGAUAAAGGCAAAUCUGCUUAAGAAGAUUUUGAGACAAAAUAGUAAAAAAAAAUAAAUGUGAAAGAGUUUUUUUUUUAUGAUUUAUCCCUGUAAUCAGUUUUUAUUUCCUGCACUCUAUCAGAGCUGUACAAAGAGUCCAUUUGCAUUGGCUUGUAGUGUAUCGCCUUUUCAUGUCAUUUUAAAAUCAUCUUGAUGAGGAGAACGGUGGAAGACGAAGGAAACCUUUUUCAAGACUAAACUCAGCUGUCACCCGCAGCUUAAGUGUAACUUGUAACGAUAAGCUUUGCGAUAAAGGGCAAGUACUAAAAAAAAACAAAACAAAACAAAAAAAACAGAUGCAAUGAGAUGAUGAU